GACCCGAGAUCAAAGGCACACGUAGGGCAGGCCAUUGACAUCAUGAAGCAGCUACCUCUUGAGAGCGGGCCAGGAUGGAGUUGGGUAACUCGCUUCGUGUCCGCUGCUGUGGCGCCGAACGGCAAAGGGAUUCUUUUCACCGCGGAUUCGCUGCUCGUUCACGCGGAUGUUGAAGCCUAUGCUAAACUACGCUGCACUUUGUAUCGCGCUGGCGUUGACCUUCCCCACGCGCAAAUUCAGGGCUCCGAAUCUGGCGUCGAUAUUCUAUCACUGGCGAAGGCCCCGACCGCACCACAUCGGGACCCUGACUACACCAUCGCAGACGAGCCCUUGGCUGUGCAGGUGCUCCUACACCGCCUUCUAUACGAUAUCUCGCAGAUCGAUACCCGCCAAGACGACGCGACCGACUUCGGGGGGCCCAUGGCUGAUGGGAUGUCGACGUUUGCGCUUGGAUCUGCUGCACGGGCUAUCGUCGACACCGUAGCGGAGGAAGACCAGCGUGCAUUGACAUUCUUUCGCGCGCAUAUCGAGUCCAAGAUACAUGCCGAGGAUCAGCUAGAGACCAGGCUAUGGCUGACCGGA